UCCUUAAUCAUUAAUGUCGUCCGCGACAACCGACAACCUAAUUCUCUAAUGCCGUCUGUGACGUACUCGGCGACGGUACUCGAACUCGGCUACGGCAAGCGGCGCAAGCCCAGGUCUCCUUUCUCCUUACUCCGUACUCGGCGUUCGACAGUAGGUGCUCCGGUCUCCCUUCUCUGUUCUCCCUUCUCGGCGUCUCCGGUCUCCCUUCUCCCUUCUCCAUUCGGCAGACCGGCAGUAGCUCUAGCUCUAGAUCUGAAAGAAAUUAAAGCGCCAUCGUCGAUAAUCUAACAAACAAAAUAAACCUAGCACUCCACAGCAGCCUCAGCUCACACUCCCCCCCCCCCCCCCCCCCCCCCCCACUGGUCCACCGGUCCACCGCGUCGCACAGCCGCCGUCCACCGCGUCCCACAGCUGCUCGCCACUUGGAUUUGCGCGAAAUAGGCCGUCAUUGGACCGAAUUAGAGCGGAGAUUCGAACGAGUCUUCGUAUUGACGGUGAGGCGUAGGUUGGAUCGGUGAAUGCAGGAACGAUUCCCAUACGAUUCUACACACUGCGCUCUGUGAAACUCAAACUUGGUUUGGUUUUUACAAAUCUUAUAGUUGAUCCAUAUAAGAUUAUGAUUAGUUUUGCAUUAUCAUUGAAGGAGAUUGGCCAUGAAUUCCAGGUGCUCGCACUUGAAGAUGGUCCUUUGAGUUCUGUAUGGAGAAACAAAGGAAUUUCUGUCAGUACCAUAGAUACUAAUGGAAGUCUGAAAGUAGACUGGCUAAACUAUGAACUUACGAUGCUGUGUUUCUGAACUCAUUUGAAGCUAUGGAUAUCCUGUCUUGGGUACACAAAUUCAUUAGCUUUAGUAUAGUGAAUGUGUGAACAGAGCUGAAGUUUGGAUGCCAUAUUAUCUUGACAAUCUCUCCACUAUCACCUUUGCUUGAGGAAAGUAUAAUCCAUAUCACCUCUAAUACAGCUUUUGUUAUUAAUGUUCAUUGUAGAGUUUCUACUACAAUCCAAUUCUCACCCAUGUCCAUAUAUUUCUUUAAACAGUAGUCUGCUUUUGUUGUGAGAAUUCUCCAUAUAUAGAAGUCUGUUGAUUUCUGUUUGAUGUUGCUAUCAUUUGAUUUCUUCACAUCUCUAUUUCAUUCCUACGUUUUUUUUUUUUUUUGCAACUGCAUAAUUUAUUUAAACAUCUAAUUUUUUUCCCUUGCUUAUCCCCUUAGGAUUUGAGCUGACUGUGCUAUGCAGGUGAAAAAGGUUGAAGCAAGAGUUGGCAGAUGCGGAGACUCGCAACACCGACCUAUACAAGAUGGUGGAUUCUACUACUCCGGCUCAGAGAAGUUUCCUCCAUUCCCUGAGAGAUUCUCAAAGAACUCUGUACUUAUACUCCAUCUCUCUCUGGCUGCACAUGCAAAUAUCGUGUAUGUCUAAUGUGAGUACAGAUCAUGAGAUAUGAUAAUCUAGGGUAUUUUGCUGGUGUACUACCCACAUCACUGACAAAAGAGAAGUAGAGUUCCUCAAAGAUUAGUGAAGUAAAUAAUGGCCACAAAAAUUGGAGUCUUGACAAUCAAAGGGUUAGAAGAUAUGUUGAUGCCCAUUUUGAGAAAUUGUAAGAACAUGGCCCACAUGAAGAAAAUACAUUCCCAAGUGGUUAAGUUUUCAUUAACACAAAGCAAUUUCUUGGUGGCAAAAAUGAUAGAUUUUUGUGAUAAAAUUGGGGCUAUAGAAUAUGCUAGUUUGCUAUUCAAGCAUGUUGAAGAGCCAAACAUAUAUUUGUUCAAUUCUAUGAUCAGAGCCUACACACAGAAGCAUAUGUAUGUUUCCUGCAUAGAUGUGUAUACAAUGAUGAUGAGACAACUCAAACGUGAAGAUCCCAUUUUUCCUGAUUCAUAUACGUAUCCAUUUGUUAUUAGGUCUUCUGGAGGCCUUUUAAGCGCAGAUUUGGGUAAACAAUUUCAUGGGCAUGUAUCUAAAUUUGGGUUGGAGUCCAAUAAUGUGAUAGAAAAUUCAUUGCUAAAUAUGUAUGUUAAGUGUGAGGAAAUAAGUGAAGCACAUAAGCUGUUUGAGGAAAUGGCUAUGAGAGAUGUGAUUUCUUGGAAUAGUCUUAUUUCUGGGUACAUAAAGUUGGGUAAAGUUAGAAGGGCAAGAACCUUAUUUGAAGAUAUGCCUGACAAGAAUAUUGUUUCUUGGACAACUAUGAUUUCUGGUUACACGAAAACCGGGUGUUAUGGGGAUGCAUUAGAUGUUUUCAGGAGAAUGCAGAUGGCUGGGGUGAAACCCGAUUGGAUCAGUUUAGUUGCAGUUUUGCCAGCUUGUGCACACCUGGGGGCACUAGAGGUAGGAGAAUGGAUUCACUUUUAUGCAGCUAAAAAUGGGUUAUUGAGGAGGACUUGUGUAUGCAAUGCACUGAUGGAAAUGUAUUCAAAGUGUGGUAAUGUGAACCAAGCUUGGCAGGUGUUUAAUCAGAUGUCUGAUAGGGAUGUGAUCUCUUGGAGUACGAUGAUUGGGGGUCUAGCAAAUCAUGGAAGAGCUCACGAUGCCAUUAGGUUAUUCAAAGAAAUGGAAAAGACCAAUGUUAAACCGAAUGAGAUCACAUUUGUUGGUCUAUUAUCAGCUUGUGGACAUGCUAAUCUUGUGGAUGAGGGUUUGAGGUACUUUGAUUCUAUGAGAGAUGAUUAUAAGAUAAGCCCUGAUGUCCAACAUUAUGGUUGUCUUGUUGAUCUUCUUGCACGUGCAGGGAACCUCAACCGUGCUCUUGAAAUCAUAAGGAGCAUGCCGAUGAAGGCCGACUCUGCAAUAUGGGGUUCUCUGUUGAGUUCUUGCAGAACUCAUCGAAAUCUUGAAACUGCAGUCGUUGCAGUGGAGCAUCUAUUUGAACUUGAACCUGACGAUACUGGUAACUAUGUUCUUCUAGCAAACAUCUAUGCAGAUAUGGGAAAGUGGGAUUGUGUAUCAGCAAUGAGGAGAUUUAUAAGGAGUAAGAACAUGAAGAAAAUGCCAGGCUGCAGUCUCAUUGAGGUAAACAGUGUGGUUCAAGAAUUUGUUUCUGGUGAUAAUUCAAAGCCAUUUUCAAAGGAUAUCUAUCGAGUGCUACAGCUUUUGGCCUUGCACCAGAGCAAAGCUUGUAACAUAAUUGAAACCACGAAUGGGGAUGAAUUCUACGACAUUCAUUUUCUUUGAUAUUUAUUAUUCAUUCUUCCAUCACAACGAUAGCCGAAGAAGUACUUAUCAGUUAUCAAUGCAGAAUCAUAGUAUGCUUGACAUUGAAAACAAAUUUUCCAUUGAAGUGAAUUCUGGCUGAUAGAGAACAAGGAUCAUUGACUGAAAUGUGUAAGUAGGAAAACACUUUUGCCCAAAUGUGUAAUGUGCAUAGAGUAUCUAGUUAAAUUAAUUUUGGAAGUUACAUAUACAACUUCACCUG